AUGGGGAGAAAGCGGAAACACGGGGAUCUCCCGACAGACAAUGAUGCACAGCCAGACGGCUUGAAUGUAACUCCUGCCUCCAGUAAUGGUAGUAAGGGAUUUGGUUUAGCGGAUACGCUAUCUUUGCUUCGCAACGAGAAUGAACUUAGAGAGUCAACCUUGCCCAAGGGUGCCUCCGGCGGAGGGGAAGAAGAACCAACCGCGGAGUGGCAAGUGGUUGAUAGAACAUCCAUGAAGAAGCGAAAAAGGAUAGGGAACGAGAAGACGAAAUACCCAACUUUGACCUAUGCUCUGGGCCGGCGACAGUCGUCCAUCAGAAUUGCGGAUUUACAGGGACUUUUGCUGUAUUGUCUUGCUGAUGCUGUCGCACCGCAGUGGAUAUCAGUAAAGCACUCUGGCCAUGUAAGAAAAGUCGUUAUGCUCAUGGUCCCAGGACUGGAGCUGGGGAUGUUCGACGGAUCUGUCCCUUUGGUUAAAGGGGAAUCCUUGGCCUCUGACGCAGAAACGACUGGCAAAGGAGAUGCAGGCCAGGAGGCAGAACCAAACGAGUUCGAACGCUGGAAGCGAGGUGUUUCUCCCAUCAGUGAGGGGUCCGCUCACCAAUUCACCCCCAGGGUCAUCACCAAGGAUAAGCUGCCUGAAGCUUUACAGCCGUUGGGGGACAUAUUUCCGCAUGUUUGGCCAGUCAAGUCCCCCGGGGACUCCAAAUAUAAUAAAAUCCAUUCACCCCUUCAGGCCAUAUUACGAUCGUCUUUGCCCAAGUCCAAGGAAAAUAACAACUCUCCGGGACCUAAGCCUGCAAAGGGCGCGCCAUAUUUUGUCCCCCAGCGGACGCCCAUUACUACUUUCUUGAGUACUGUUGAUGAUUUGAUCAAGCAUGAAUAUCCUUUACACCCUGCGCUGUUCAGUUCCGCCGAGGCAAAGGAGAAGAAUGCUCAAUUGCGUACCAUCAACGGUCAAUCCACCGAACAUGGCUGGGUAGAUACCCAUGUUGGUGAUUUUUCCGAAGGAACUGUACCAGAGAGCGAAAUAGAGGAAGGUAGCGUUACUGCUGGACGCGACAUUUAUGCACUUGAUUGUGAGAUGUGUAUCACAGAAGGUGGGAAUUCCGAACUUACUAGAAUCAGUCUCAUGUCAUGGGAUGGCGGACAUGUCCUGGAUGAGUUUGUGAAGCCAGCAACGCCUAUCAUAGACUAUUUAACACGCUUCUCCGGAGUCACAAAGGAGAAACUCGACCCAAUCGUUACGACAUUAUCCGAUAUUCAACAGAAACUGCUCAAAAUCUUGACGCCACGUUCAAUAUUGAUCGGGCAUUCUCUCAAUUCUGAUCUUAACGCCCUGAAGCUAACGCACCCUUUCAUCGUUGACACGGCUGCUAUAUACCCACAUCCACGAGGACCGCCUUUGAAACCUAGUCUAAAAUGGCUGUGUCAGAAGUAUCUUGGCCGAGAAAUCCAAAAGGGAGAGGCUGGCCACGAUUCCGUUGAGGACGCGAAGGCAGUGUUGGAUCUUGUAAAGGAGAAAUGCGAAAAGGGCGAAAGAUGGGGCACCAGCGACGCCUCCACUGAAAGCAUAUUCCAGCGACUGUCACGAUCUUCGAAGACCUCAAAAGGUUCCGGCCCUGUCCCGGAUGGUGGACGAACUGGAGCUGUGGUUGACUGGGGAAGCCCAGAACGUGGCUUUGGUGCGCAAGCCAGUCUCACCUUAGGCUGUUCUAGUGACGAGGAGGUAGUCCGGUCCACUAAAAUUGCUGUCAACGGGGACCCAACUGGUGAACUCAUAUCAGGUGAAGGCGUCGAUUUCACUUGGGCCCGACUACGCAGUCUGGAAAUUUUCCGCGGAUGGUGCAAUCGAAUCCCUGGCUCGAGCCGCGAUAAUCAAUCUACCGAUAUAUCCGACGAGGAUACCAAAAGUGCAGCAGACCCAGAGGAACUGGGGCAGACUGUUGCGAAAACAGUCUCUUAUAUCAAAGAAAUAUGGGACAGUCUACCACCCUGUGCCCUAUUCAUUGUAUAUUCAGGCACUGGCGACCCAAGGGAGGUGUCUCGCCUACAAGCCUUGCGCAAAACAUACUACGAGGAAUUUCGGAGCAGAAAGCCGUGGGACGAGCUGAGUGUGAAAUGGACGGAUACUGAAGAGCAAGCGCUUAAACUUAAGGAGUUCGGAAUAAUUUCGCUCAAGAGAGUUGAUAUCAUUAAGAAGCCCUUUUCUUCGCGUUUUAAUUCGGUCAUCAAUCCCUGCAAAUUAACGGACGGCGAAAAAUUCGAGGGUUGGAUAAAUCAGUUUACGGCCACCGUUCGGCCAUAUGUCGCCAUGGGUUCAAUCCAUCCAGGUGGAAUGCAACAAAUAAUCGAGCCGUCGAAAAAUGACGUUGCCUCGAUUUACAAAACAAUGAGUGUUAUAUCCACGGCCGUCAACGAGUUAACUCGGACACUCCAACAAAUUCGCGAACAAUUACACGGAGUGUCAUCUGCAUGUGCAACGGAGCAUGAAAAAUGGCGAUCAAAUCGUCCUUUUGAUCACUUUGAAGUGUUUGCCAUUGCGAUGAAAGAAGUACAAUCAAAGUCAGCUAAGAUUGAAAAACUGGAACAUGAAAACCAGGCUUUGAGGGACAGGCUGAGUGAAAGUGGAAACCCCAAAGUCUCUGGCGAAACCCCAAGAGAAACAUCGAGGGCAAUUGAUAAUUCUGGGCCGGAGAACCAGAUUGCUUCCUCUGGAAUUAUUCAUCUAGAGAACUUCGGGAGCAGUCGAGUGAUCGGCCUAGAAGAAGCGAGCGAAAAUGUAUUCCAUACUGCCACUCACCCCCUCGUGAACCAUGGCGAAGACAUCGAGAGACUCCAGUCUAGUAAUACCCCGAAUUCAAAUGGGAAACGGCCUCUUAUACCUCUAAACGGCGAGCAGAGGACGUGUGAUAUCGAUGAUCGGGACCUGACCUCUAUGAAUACUACAGCCGUGGAAGCAGACACAACAUGGAACCGAAAAGACAAUAGCGCUGUUGAGAAUCAAAAUGUUGAAGAAAUCCCCGAGUCUUCCAAUGGGCUAACAAACGUCCAAUCCCUAACACAAGACAGCCAGCCCGCUCUAAACAGAGGAUCUAUAGAACCAGAAGAACCACUGGCAACCCCUAAUGAGCAACCGUAUCCCGCCACUCGCCGUCGCGGACGGCGACCAAAAUUAACCAUUAAAAAGAACCAGAAAUCCCGAAAAUCUCAAACUUUAGCUGCUCCUGCUACCGACGACGAGUCACUUCCACAGGGUACCUCAUCGACCAAAUCGUCUAAACCUAGUGAGACAAAGGCGGAAUAUGCCGCUGCGCCUCCGGAUCUAGCUGCUGGUGAUGGUAAGACCUUAACCGUCACCGCAACUCGGCAGACAAGCCCCCAGCCAACUCGCGAACGACCAAAGCGUGGCCGUGGCCGGCCAAACGGAUCGGCUUCGGAGCACCUAAGAGUUGAAAUUAUUACGUCUACGAAUCCAGUUUCUACCACGGAUAAACCAGAUAUCCCUAAUGCUACUGCGUUGAACAAACCACGCGGUAAAAGUGAUCCGAGUGAUGCAAAGGAAAAUACCGAGGACGCGGAGAAGAGACGGAAAGCUGCCAUUGCCGCUAGAGAUCUCCUGGUACAAGCCGCGAUGCGACGAGAGGAAGCAGAUAUGCUGUAG